AUGGCACUUCGACCGUACCAAGGAGGACGUUUUGAGGAAAUCGGAUCCGAAGAAGCACAUACGAUCGAAACGUUUGAACGACGCAUUGGUGGCACUCCAUGCAGCGAACCAAAACGAGAAUACAGCAGCCAGGAACACACCGAACGACGAACCUUCGGACGUGAUGAAAACGGCGAAAUUGUCGUGAAAAUCGAAAAGAAUCCACGUGACCCAGUCCGUCCGGUUUCGCCAGUCCUUCCAGUGGAGCCUGUUGGUAAUCAUCGUCACGCCCAUCUUUUGAAGCCGAUACAACCUCUAACCAUUCCACGAAUCGACGUCCGCUCUGCGACACCAUCGCAUGACGGUCCUAUUACCCAACGUUCCCACUAUGUGACGUCUCCGUCUCAUAGCGCAAAUGUUUCACCGAGGAGCGUGAGCUUUUCACCUCAAAGCAAUUCCAGUGGAGGAUCUAAUAAAAGCAACCCGAUGAAAAAGAUAAUCAAGAAGGCACGUUGGGUUUCCAUUCACGAUGGCCGCCCUGUGAGCCCGUUCACAGAAACUGUCACGUAUGAGCCGGCGUUCCCACAAAGAUACAGCAGGCAAGUUCCAAUACGCAAUUACAGUUAUCAAGAAUGCUGA